GUCUAAUGGAAGAAGCCCCUCCCUCGAAAUAUUUGGCCGUUGAAUCGGUAACUACAUUAUAUACAACAAAGAAAAGUCCUGUUAUCCAGUUGUUCAGAUCGCACUUUACUUCCUCGAGGUCCGUGACGGUAUCUUUGCCGCGUGGUAGGCGCUCUUGAUUUCUUUGGCGCCAAAAACAGUUCAAGUACAUCGGCGGGUCUAAGAAUUAUGAGUGAGACGAAAGAGGAGCCUGAAAACCAAGAGGAGGAAGAGACCAGCACUUCAUCUACUCUACAUCACAGAGUUCCAAAAUGUGCUCGCUGUCGCACGCAUGGCACAGUUUCUUGGCUCAAGGGUCAUAAACAUUAUUGCCGCUGGAGGGACUGCACGUGUGCAAAGUGCCAACUGAUUACUGAGAGACAGCGAGUGACAGCCGCACGGGUUGCGUUACUGAGACAGCAGAGAAAAGGAGCUGAGUUGAGGGCAAAAUACCAAAGAGAACUGGAAAACGCCCGGCUGACGUACUCCAUGGUGUUCCAAACCAAUGGAUUAGCAGGAUUCCCAAGUAGCCAUCGACACCAUUUUUAUCACCAUCCACCUCAAGCAGAGAUGAGUCAUCUGGAACCAAGGAUAACAGAAAUUAGAGCGCAAUCAGUUACAGAACCUCUGAAGCGGCGCAAUUCAGUCUCGGAGGACGAGGAAGAAGAAAGAACCAGCCCUAAAAGAAUCGCUCUCUCCCCAGACCUGGAGGUCAAACCAGAACCUCGCGAGCAUACUGAAAAAGAUGGCCACACCAGCUCCCCCGUGGAAAGAAAAACUUCUGAUCAUUUGGUUGACCAAAACAUAAAUUCAAGCAACAAAUACCUACUGGAAAACUUUCAUGAAAGGCCUCACGAUUUGAGAUAUCCAAGGAUUUCAAAAGAGCUAAGCAUGCUGUCUCUAAGGCACCCACCGAUGGAAUUACUUGGCAAACUGUUCCCUCAUCAUAACAAGGGCACACUAGAACUCAUCCUUCAGAGUUGCCAUGGCAGCGUGGUGGAAAGCAUUGAGCUGUUGUUGUCCUCUCAAGAAUCAAGAGGCAAUAAUAUGUCAACGUUAGCUGGAUGCGGCCUUCCUACAGCCAAUCACACUCCUCCCUUCUUGCAUGGUCCAAUGACUCGAAACGUCAUAACGAGACCGUUGCCCAGCACGCACGCGUGUUCGCCAUCAAGAAUUUACCCACCAUCACCACUUCCGCCGCCGUUGCUCGUGAAACCUAAACCGGAAAUGGCGAUCAAGUUUUCUCCUAUGCCGCACAACCCUUAUGGUGGCGAUUCUAGGCUAGGAGAAAGGGCCUGCGGGCUUCCCUUAAGCCGUUUUUGUAGCAGGUGCGGUCACAAAAUAAACAUGUUUGACAAGUUUUGUGCCCACUGUGGAAAGGUUCUCAAUGAGACAACUGGUCUUUGAAUAUAGAGGCCACCCAGCCAGACUGUGCACGUAGCAUUUUUUAUAAAAUAGAGACAGAAUUAAAAUAAGAUUUAAAAUAAUAAAAAAUAAUUGAUUUAGCAUGUGUUCUAAGCAGAAGAAAGGAACUUCGAUAGCGCUUUCGUAGAAUUUCUUAUAAAGCCUAACGUAAUCAGAAGAGAAUACAAUUAUGUACCGCCUCAUGAUUUGUUGUUUUUGAGUGAAACGCAGUUCAGUUGUAAAGAACAGCAACAGCAAGGAGGCUACUAAAAAAUAUAGUACGUUAUCAAAAGUUAAAGAAAAUGUAGUAAAAUCGAAACUGCAAUUCCAAAGCUUUUCAUGUUGGUCUGCGUUUUACUAUAGGUUCCCGCCAUAGCUAUUUUUCAACAGUUGUUUAUAGCAAAUUCCUGUUUUCCGUUAGUCUUGAGAACAACAGUACUUUUACCUCAGAUUCUUUUUCUUCAAACUUGCAUUGACUGAAAGGAUAGAUGAGAACUAUAGCUUUGAUAGCCGCUAUCUUUUACAAAUUCUGGGAGGGUUGCAAGGGUUAACUGAUGGCCCACUGAUUUACGCAACUUUGUAUUUCUUACAAAGUCAUAGUCACUAUGUAAAUGGGUAACUUAGGUCUGGCGUUUACAUGAUUAGCAGUGUUUAAUUAGAAGGUAGAAUGAAUUAAUAAGGUAACGAAAAGUUUCUACCUUUUUUUUUUAACUAAGUUUACCUUAAUGUGAAGGAAUUCUGUGCCUUGAAUUCCUCGCCUCGAGAAAUCAUUAGAGAAGUUGGAGAAACAGUCAGGAAAUAGAAAGACGUAAGCGAUGAUUUCAAUAACACUGUCAGCUUCUGUCAAAAACAACUAAUAUAUAGAGUGAUUCUUUUGUUUUUGUUCUUCUCCUUAACAUGAUUUCUUCUUCAGUAUUUCUCAUCCUAUUCUAGCAUUAUUAGUAUCCAGAUAUGUGAAGGAGCAAACUUCCUAAUGAGAACAUAUUUCUAACAAAGAUUACCGUAGAUAUCUAGAAUGAAAGGAAAAUUGAAAGAGAAAAAACAUGAUAGAUAGCAUAGAAGACAUAAUAAAAUGAUGGUAAUAUGUAGUUGUCGCAUGUUAAAAUUUUAUUGAUUAAUAAAAUAAAUGUAGUAUCAAAAUAAGUGCAUACG